AUGCCGUCACACUUGUCCGUGACCGAGCCCAUCUCCUCGGUAUACGACAAGACGCCAAGCUUUGAGCAAUUACGUGACGCAUUAUUGGAUCUUUCAGAGCCUGCAAGCAAGCGCACGCGUGCUAUUUUCUACCUACGAUCUCGUGGCAGCGCGACGGACCUACAAGUAUUGUUGACGGCACUGCUGAAUCGCAAAGACUCGGAGCUUAUACGCCAUGAGUUGGCCUACGUAAUCGGUCAAUUAAAGAUGGAGGAAGCGUGUGAGACGCUACAACAGGUGCUGGCAGACGAGUCAGAUGAUUGCAUGGUGCGCCAUGAGGCGGCUGAGGCUCUUGGGACCAUUGGUGCAGCUCAGUCACUAGCGGUGCUUGAAAAGUUCAGCAAUGACCCGACGCCUGAAGUGUCUGAUACGUGCAAGUUGGCAGCGAGUUUGAUCAAGUACAAGCUAGCCAAGGUUAAUGGUGAAGUUGCUGAGGGAGAGGUAGACCACAACCCGUACCUGUCAGAAGAUCCUGCUCCCGCUGCAGAGAAGAACGUGUCGACUGCUGAGCUGCGAAAGAUUCUGCUGGACCACAAUGGAGACAUGUUUGCAAAAUAUCGAGCCAUGUUCUCGCUUCGUAAUCGCAAUACGGACGAGGCGGCGCUAGCUCUUGCCGAGGCAUUUGCAGACCCGAACGAUUUGUUCAAGCACGAGAUUGCCUACGUCAUGGGCCAGAUGGAGAACCCCAUCGUCGUGCCAGCGCUCAAGAAGGUGCUUCUGGAUGAGACACAGCACCGAAUGGUGCGCCACGAGGCUGCUGAGGCGCUGGGAGCGAUUGGUACUACCGAGUGCGAGGACAUCCUGAAGGAACAUCUCAAGGACAAAGUCCCAGUGGUGCGGGAGAGUUGUGUCGUAGCGCUCGACAUAAUGGAUUACUGGGCGCCUAUCAAGUAA